CAUCGCCAUCCAGAUACCAUCUUUCAGUGGCUCGCCGAUCAGCCCAGCACUCUCCAUCGCGCCUCUGCCUGCCGCCAAAAUAUACGAGCUGGAGGGCCACGGUCGCCCCCGAACUCUACCUUGGCUGCAGCAUGGAUGGUGCUGAUACUGGCGAUGAUUCUGCUUGGUCAGCUUUUGCAGAUUUUCUGGACGCAUCUUCGCGGGUUCUAUGCCUCGUGGGUGCUGGACUCAGCGCACCAUCUGGUCUGGCCACCUGGCGUGGGACGAACGGGUUAUGGAAUGACAUCAAUUUGAGAGAGCUUGCCUCACCCAACAAGUUUAAAGAGGAUCCAGUCACAGUGUGGAGCUUUUACGGCGAGCGCUUACUCAAGUCAUUGGCGGCUCAGCCAAACGCAGCACAUCAUGCGCUAGCGGCUCUUGCUAGAUGGCAUGAAGGAUGGUUGACUAUCAAUCAAAAUGUUGAUGGGCUUCUCGAGCAAACCGAUCAUCCUGUGUCAAGACUAUUGGGCAUUCACGGCACACUGAAGGUGGUUCGAUGUACCACAUGCGAUUACAACACCAACGUUCAUAAGCCGCAUGACGUUCCGUUCCUGCUGUCGCUGUCCAAUGCCAAUCACCAAUCACGUUCGGCAACAUUAUCCGACCUUCCACAUUGCCCCAAAUGUACAAAUCUAUUGCGCCCAGGGGUCGUUUGGUUCGGUGAGAGACUCGCUGCUGGCGCACCAGACAGAAUCGAUGAGUGGAUAUCGGAAGAAGGCAUCGAUCUGGUGAUCGCUGCUGGUACAAGCUUGGAAGUUUUCCCAGCUGCAGAAUGGGUGCAUACAGCGCGAGCAUGUGGAGCAUCUUUGGCUAUCAUCGAUGCAGAAAACGAUCACCGGCUGGUGGAAGAAUUAAGUGACAAUGACUGGUUCUUCCAAGGAGAUAUCGCGGUUAUUCUACCUAGAAUACUAGAUCUUCUCAAACGUUGACGUCACGCAAGAAAUGAUAUCAUUAUCAACUUUGCC